CUAUCCCCACCCCUACCCACACGCCCGAUCCCCAACCCCAUUCCCCCACACGCUGCACACCCCAAUCCCAUCGGCCUCGGUCAUCAGUCGAUCCCCAACCCCAGUUCCCCAAUCCCCACUCUCCCAGUCCUAGACUCCUAGCCUCCAAGACCCAGGCUCCUAGCCGAGAGCCGGAAGCCGCACCGCCGCCCCAAGCAGCCAGGGCGCUAGGCCCUGCCUAGAUCUACACUGGCAGGAGCUGAGGAGAGUGCUUGUCGCCACACUGGAGCAGUGUCUGUGCCUCACACCCAAGAUUCGAUCUCGAUGUCGCGCCACUGGCUCCACCUCGGCUCUGUCAAGGAUCCUCUCUGUCCACGAUAUGCCGCCCCGCCCCACCUUCGUCAGUUGUGUGAAGUUGCUUUGCUUAUCAAUUUUACAAGUUGUCAUGUUGUUUAUCAACUCUCUAGUUGUCAUAAACUGUGAAUAUGUGAUGUUACUUACAAAUUAUAUGUUGUUAUGUAUUCUACCACAACAUAUCCACUGAAUAACUGAUACCCAGUGUUUACGUGUAUAAUUUCUCGUCCGAUUGGUGGGUAUGAAUAUUUGUUAAAGUAUCGGGUACAAUAUUAAGUCGGGUAUUGUUAUACCCGAACACAACCCGACCCACGGUUAUCCCUAUCCUCGCGAAGGUACAAAAGAAGAGAGAAGUAAAUACAACUUCUGAGACAGAGUAGUAUGUUCUCUUAUCCAAAGACCCAUUUAAUGCAUGGCAAUGUUACUCUAUUUAUAGUCGUGAGGUAUAGCUUUGGAAAAAUUACAAGUAUGCCCUUAAACUUAUACAUUUGAGCUAGUGAACAAACUAAGGGUAGCGUUGUCUUUUUGUCCCGUUGUUUUGUCUUGAUUUGUCUUGCUUCAUCGGCUACGCACACACCUUGUUAAUCCAAAGUUGGUGCCUUUGUACUUGCGCUCAUGGCCGCUCCGGCCGAGUCGGACCUUCGGUGUUCUACCUGUAACGCUUUAAACAUGCUAGAAGAUAACUGUCAGGUUAGUGUUUUGAGGACCUUUGAAAGAAGACUCCCCGCACAAGUUUUGAGGACCUUUGAAAGAAAAAGACUCCCCGCACAAAACAUUUGCAUGCACAAUCAGGGAAGUUAGGCUUCAUUUUAUAUUUUAAUUUUUGAAAUAAAUUUGGAGAAGCCUAAUUUAUCUCCUUUUAGAUAUCUUGAUUUUUUUUCAAUUUCCAAAAAACCAUGGAUUAAGAUAGUGUUGCUCGAGCUCAGAGAUAAGGCAACUUCCACAAUUCCAUGACUGAUGUAGAUUCAUGAUCAGAGAUAGUGCUGGGAAUUGGGCCGGGCCAGCCCGGCUCAAGCCCAUCAUGCUUCGUGCCAAACAGAUUCGGGCCAACAAAGCCCAAAAGAUUUUUGGGCCGUGUCGUGCCAGCCCGAAGUAUAAAAUCAGUGGCCCAGUCCGGCCCUAAACAACGUCGUGCCUACUUUGGACCGUGCCGGCCCAAACCCGGCCCGUAUAUUUGACCAUAUAAAAUCAAAAUAUUAUAACCAUAUAAAAUUCAUGCAUUACUAAAUUAAAGAUAUUAAACAAUUCUAGCAUCAUUUGACCACAUAAACUCCAAAUAUAACAACAAUAUAAAGUCGAUAUCUCACUAAUUAAAGAAAUUAAACAGAUUGGGCUUAAUUGGGCCAUGCCGGCCUAAGCCCGACCUAUCUAUGCGGGCCGUGUCGGGGGCCCGACGGGCCGGAUAUUAAGGCCCGGCCCAAGCCCGCCUUCGGGUCGUGCUAGCCCGGCCCAUAUUAUUUCGUGCCGGGUCGUGCUUUGGCCUUUUAUUUUCGGGCCGUGCUCGUGCUUGUCCGAAAAGCCCGGCCCAUAUUCCCAGGACUAAUCAGGGAUAUGCAAUGUCAUUUUCUGAUUUGAUAUACUGUUUUGAUUUUUUUGUUAAAUCCAUCUUGGAAGCAACUUCCACAAUUCCAUGACCACAUGCUUGACAUAGCUACCAACUACCGCUAGCUCUAGCUCAGUCGGGUAAGCCUCAGAUGGAGAUGUCAUCACCGCGGCCACACUUCCUAGUGCUCACGUACCCGCUCCAGGGCCAUAUUGCCCCGGCACUCUGCCUCGCCAGGUGGCUGCUUGCCGUCGCGCCCGACGUGCUCGUCCGGCACAGAGGGGAGCGGGAGGCCGUACCUCUUGGUGGUCCGGAAGGACAACAGGACGAUGCUCGAGGUGGAGGUGGAGCUGGGUGAGCGUGCCAAGAACGACGCAGUGGUGAGUGGUGUGACGAGGCGCACGUGUUGUCGCACCCCGCGGUGGGGUGCUUCGUCACACACUAUGGAUGGAACUCGGUGCUGGAGAGCGUGGCGAGCGGCGUGCCCAUGGUAGGUGUGCCCAAGGUUUCGGAGCAGAGCACCAACGCACGGCUCAUCAAGCGCGAGUGGCGUGUCAGCGUGCGCGCGCAUGUCAGCCCUGUUACACAAGAGGCGGCUGCGCCAAUCACGGACGACAAGGAUGGAGAUAGCCGGGGGUCUGCCGAGGCAAGUAACUGAGCACGUCCAAGGCGUGAGAAGCGUGGCAACGUCUGUAUCACUGGGUCGAGUUGGUCGUGUAAGGGUUAGCUGGGCCGAGCUGCCGAGAAAGUAUAAAGGAUACAACUCAGGCAAUUGUAAGGACAUCGAAUAACCAAAAUAGCAAAUCCAUUUUCACAGCUACUCCUAUCUUCUUCCCCACGACAUCUCUUCUUCCUUUACCUACGCCCCCAGCAACUGUUGUUCGUGCACUAGUCGAUGGAGUUGCUAACAUUUGGUAUCAGAUUCAGUCUCCUAGAUCCGCUUGCUGCUGUGUCGCGACGACCCCGAUCUUUCGUGAUGGAGCACCAAGACGCCGCCAUCCGCAAGCUGCUCGACAAAAUGCGACUCAUGGAGGUACGCCUGUCCGAGCGCAUCAGCGGACACUGCGAUGGCGUCGAGCGCCACCAGAACGAGCGCUGUGAAGAGCCCUGUAACGAGACGUCCAUCUUCGACGAGGGUCCCAUCUUCGACGAGGAGCCCUGUGCUGACGUGACGUCCAUCUUCGACGAGGGUCCCAUCUUCGACGAGGAGCCCUGUUUCCACCGCCGCUUCCUCGAUUCGGAUCCAGACUCUCCCUGUGACUGGGUCGAUCUGUCCUCGAUCGUCCGUGCCACAGCCCCGAGCUCUCGUGAUUUGCUUCCUCCACCGGGCAUCCGCGCCAUGACGAGCGGCGACGUCGCGAGCGAGCAUCCGCAGGAGGUGGUCGGUGUCGACAUCCGAGCCGAUGCGCCACAGGAUCUUCUCCCGCUUCGACUCCAGCUCAGCGUGGACUUCACCAACCCCAUGGGCUUCCUCAACAAGACCGCCGUCGUGCCUAGCGGGCCGGUGCCGACAGGGAGCCUCUACACGGUGACCCGGGUGGAAGCGACGAAGCAGAUCCUGAAGCUGGUGCCCCUCGACGCGCUCAAACGCGACAGGCCCGUCCACGCGCCCGACGCCUACACCGUACCGAGCAUGCUCGGCGCCUGCGCGGCCACCGACGCGCUGUCGCUGAGGCUCUACGCGCACGCGCUGCUGUUCCGAGAGCUCGGCGGCACCAGCCACGCCUCGGCAGUGACGCGCGACGUGCUCACAAACAUCUCGCUCGUAGGCACGCGCCGGACUGAGAUCCUUGCGCGCAAGGUCCGCGACAUUCGUCUCCUCCACGUCUCCUCGCCAUCGCCGGACUCGGAGCUCGACCUCCCCAUCGGCAAGCACGUACCUGACUGCGCCAGCGUCGACAGGAGCGUACCUGACUGCGCCAGCGUCGACAGGAAGUCCUGCUUGCGGGCGUACACGCCGACGAGCAUGGAGGACGAGGUUGGCCACUUCGACCUCGACGCCAAGGAGUACAUCCUGGACGAGCACUCCAAGUUCCUCAACGGCGGGCUCAUGAACCAGCUCCUGGACCCGCUCCCACUCGAUCCUUACAUCGAAGCGGCUCUAUCCCCGGUUUCUUCUAUCGUACAGUUGGUGGUGUCGGCAGAGGAGGAGGUUAUCACCAACUCGCCCAACAGGUGUUUGAUGAUUUGCUUCAACCUCAUACAAUGCUGUUUCAGCUGGGAUGCAGCACCACAUCGACAGCCUUGGCCACCACCUCAUAUUCAUGUUGAGUUUGGGUGUGGCAGUGCUGCUUUACGGCCAAUUCCAUGGCCACCACCCACUUCGUUGGAGAGUUUGUAUACUAGAGAAUUCUAUUGUAGAGUGCAAUUUCCUGGAUUUGGUAGAACCUUGGUGUUCAAUGCAGAGAUUCUAAAAAGAGUUGGAUGUACAUCUGAAGCCAAAGAUUCAUCUCGCGUGGCUCUGAAAUCACCAUGGGAGACACUUGGCUGCAGUCAUGAGGAGGCUGCUGAAUUAGCUUCUUUGUUGGAUGGAUGUCAGCUAAUGCGUGCAGCGUCAGCAUCUGAUCGGGUGUCUUCACUGAAGAAUUAUCACCGCACACUGGGGUUAUGCGACCACUGGGCUGAGAAGAGGUUUAAUGGUCACAAAUGUGUGCAGUUCCACGCCAUCGACGAGGUCUGUGAAUUUUUGUGUAUGGAGGGCAGUCCAGAACAGAAACCAGACUCAAAUGAACAGCUGAUAUUGAUGCUAUAUUGUACAGCAUGGUCAGGAGCGCAUGCGGCUGGUACAUUUUGUCUUCGAGGUUCGAUUCAGCGGCAGAUUCAGCAGCAAGACGUAUUGGUACUGGGUGAUCAGGCAUCGUUUGUCAAGGAAAUCACAACAAUCGGUCCGGAGCAUCUCAACUCUCGCCUGAGAAAAAUGUAUACAGAGCUGUAAUUGAUCGGUGGUGGGACCGGGCUCAAUUUGUACCACACAAGAGGUUUGUGAUGUCCGUUCAUGGAAUAUGGCAUCAACGGUGCUUAAAGAGGACAAGAGUGUCACUAGCAUGCUCCUGGCUGACGACUUAAACAAGUCUAAGUUAUCAGACUCUGACCUCCAAAGGGGCAUUGAGAUGGUCAGAAGAGCUAGGAAGCUAUUAGCCUUGACUUUGCAUUCGGCUCAGGUGACCUCUGAUCAGUUGGAGAACAGCUGGCCCUUUCUUCAUACAUUCAACUUCCACCAGCUUCUUAGUAGACUGGACACUAUCGCCCGAAUUUUUUGCAUUUUGGUCCUUCAUUCGAAAAAAAUUCACGUUUGGACCCUAAAAAAUUUUAAUGUCAU